AUGAGAGAGCAAAGCGCCCCGUACACGCCACCUCUCGACCGGAAAAAGAUCGGGCAGUGGCGUAGCAAUCUUCAGUCUAGAGAAAAAGAGAUCUGUCAGCCGAGAGAUGAUUCACACUCGGAAGUGCUAGCGCCUCAACACGAGAAAGAUGGCAAGCCCAGCGUCGAGUCGGCUGCCAAGGACUGGUGCUCAAAGGUGGAUGGAAAAACGUUGGGAGACACCCCGGAAUUUCAAUUCAACAAGUACAAGUUCAGUACUUUCUGGCUUUCGGCAUCGCUCCGCAAGGAUGCACCGGCGAAUCUUAAAUGCGGAAAGGAUGCAAAGAUCAAGAAAGACGACUGCAUCAAAACUAUCGAUACCGCGAUGGCAAGAUGCGAGCCCUAUCAGCAGUUCACACAUGGGGCAUCCCUAGCUAAAGGGUGCAUUUUCUAUAAUGUCACCUUGAACGGCGAAAGUAAUUCUGGGAGCCCACCUUGGGCGCCAAGUCAGGACAAACCAUCAUGCGACUCCAAGAUCUCUGACAUAACCAAUACCUUCUUCAAGAGCCUGUACCCUGCGUUCUGCAAGCAGAUAAAAAAUGGCGCAGCCUUGAAGAAGACAUUGACCAGUGCUGAUAUCAAAACUUCCGGGUCUCGCAAACGUACUCCACCACCGAGUCCGAAAUCUUUCCAAGGGUACAAGUUCAAUUUUGAAUUCAGUGGCGGUAACAGUGGCUGCAAGAAGACCUGUGAAGAGGCAUACGCAGAUUUGAACUCUGCAUGUGGGCGUGAAGGUACUACAAUGAAGCAGAAAGGACAGUUCGACGUCGGAUGCGGCAAAUAUUCGUACUCCAUAGAACAACCUCCACCAAAACAACCAACGACUUGCAAGCCGAGGGGAUCUACCAAGGAAGACAUGAGAAGCCUCUGGCGAGAUCCAUGGGCCGGUUACCCUAAGAACACCUUCCAAGCGGCAUCACACCAAUACUGCAAUGGGGGUUGGGACUGGGUAGGCAAGGUCGACAAAGAAUGGUCAACCGACAACUAUUUUUGGAUCGAUUCGGCUACCAUUAAUCCGAAGACCAAUUUACCGGAGUACUGCAUGGGUGCAGCCAUAGGCGACAUGUCUCAAUGGUCACCCAACCCAGUAAACUGCAAGAGCCGAGGAAUGCGGGGAGGCAAUGUCAAGAUCAACCUCCAUAUCCAACCCGCAGUCGAUCAAACAGGUUGCAAGCCCUUGAAAGACCAUAAGAUUCCCAAAGGCCCAGAGUGUACCAAAAUCUUCGAUGCAGUAGCCGAUGACUGUAUCAAGGGAGCGAAAAACGAUGGGCCUGGAGGCUAUUACUUGGAGAAGUCGGACGAUGGUUGCUGGGAAUGGUGGAUUCAUGGUUUGGAUAUAAGAUAUGCGGGAGCUUCUCCGCCAGAAACCUUCCCCUUGCAAGAACCGGUUGAGGAUUAG